AUGGAUAUCCAUCGUUGUCGAUUCGUUCCCUACAAGCCGUCCGCCAUCAACGCCAUCGCCUUCUCUCACCCGGUGGCGCGCUCGGCGCAACAAGGAGCUCGCGCGCGACUUGCGAUCGGACGAGGUAAUGGCGAUAUCGAGAUCUGGAACCCUCAGAAUGGCUCUUGGAACCAGGAGCUCAUCAUUCCUGGCGGUAAGGAUCGAAGCAUUGAUGGACUCGUCUGGGUCAACCAGCCCGACCAGGACCUCGGCGAUGGACGCGUCGUUCCCGGAAAGUCACGACUGUUUAGCAUAGGCUGGACUUCCACAGUCACCGAAUGGGAUCUCGAGACGGGAAGGCCAAAGCGACACGCCAGCGGUCAGCAUGGAGACAUUUGGUGCAUGGCUGCCCAGCCAGCCGAGUUCGACCAAGACUGCACUAAGCUCAUUGCUGGAACAAUUGACGGUGAGCUGGUCGAGUUUUCUAUUGAGGACGACAACCUGCGAUUCGAGAAAGUUGUGCUGCGAUUGCCUACCAAGAAGACACAGAUGGUCAGCAUUUGCUUCCAGUCGCACAAGAUUGCCAUUGUCGGCUGCUCCGACAACACGAUUCGAGCGUACGAUCUUGAAAAGCGUCACAUGUUGCGCAGAAUGACACUAGGCUCUGAUCUCGGCGGUGGUGCUAAGGACAUCAUCAUUGUCUGGUCUGUCAAGUGUCUUCCCAACGGCAACAUUGUUUCGGGCGAUUCCACUGGCCAAGUUUGCAUCUGGGAUGGCAAGACAUACACCCAAACACAGCGAAUGCAGAGCCACAAGAAGGAUGUUCUCAGUCUUGCAACAAGUGCUGAUGGCACUGCCAUCCUUAGCGGAGGCAUGGACCGACGAACGAUUCUUUACAAGCAGAACGCCAACGCUGGAUCGCGAUGGGGCAAAGUCUGGGGACGCAGAUACCACGAUCACGAUGCCAAGUGUAUGGCUUCUUUCGAGAGUGGUAAAGUCAGCGUUGUUGUUUCAGGAGGCCCUGAUGCUAACCCCGUCGUUAUUCCACUGAAGGAGAUGGGACGCGAGAACCACCGCAUGAUGCCCGCCCUGCCACAGCAGGCUCCUUUGUUGGGUGCGCCCAAGGCUCGUUUCGUCGUCAGCUUCUGGGAGAGAGAGAUUCACAUUUGGCUUCUUCGAAAGUCAACUACCGAUAUGGUGACUAGCGACAAAAAGAUCGAUAUCAACAAAAACCGCAAGCUACUCAAAACUAUCGUUGUCAAGGGAGAUUCGAAUAUUACUUCAGCGACUAUUGACGAUGAGGGCUCGCUCCUGGUUGUUUCUACAGCUAUCGACGUCAAGGCCUUCAGAUUAGAGCACCAGGAUCCGAUCAACGCCUCCGAUGUCAAGGUUUCUUCCGCCGAACUUCCUCAAAAGCUCGCCGGUGUUGGCGCCAUCAAGGUGCAGCUGUCACCCAACGCUCAGUGGCUCUGUGCAGUCCAGGAAGGCUCUCGCGUCGUCAUGGCCGCUCUCGACCCUGUUUCUCCCAGAACUUCACUCGUCUUUUCGCCCAGAGUGCAGCGACUGACUCGCUUACGACGACAAAUCCCACGUCACAUCCUCAACGGAGGCAUGGGUAGCUACGAUAGGACCAUUACACAGGUCGCCUUUUCCCCAGACUCCAAGAUGCUCGCUGUGUCCGAUAUUGCCGGCUACAUCGACACCUGGAUCUUGAGUGAGGGAGAGAAGAAGUCAGAGGAUGACGCGUCCUCCGCAAGUGAGAGUGACUCUUCAGAUGAGGAAGAAGAAUCCUCGCAGGGCAUUGAGAAGUGGAUUCGCAACCCCGGUGCCAAACUAAUGCCCAAGUUGCAGAAUGCUGCCACGGUCCUGUCCUUCUCGGCUGAUAUCCCUCAGGCCAAGGUCUCCCCCAGAAGCUCUUUCGAUGGAAUUAACGGCCCAUCUAACCUGGUCGAUGACUACACCCUCCUCGCCAUCACCUCGGGAUGGAACCUUUUGCUAUUCCACCCACUACAAGGCUGUCUCACACCCUGGUCACGAAAACACACUCGAAAGGACCUACCCGCUCCUGUACAGGAUCUUCUCGAUCUUCCCAAGGGAGUUUUCUGGCAGGGCUCUCGUGCUUGGAUCUACGGUGUUUCAUUCCUUCUUAUGCUUGAUCUCGCUCAAGAUCUUCCCAAGCCUACAGAAAGCGAGGAUGCCACAGCUACCUCUGGUAAAAACCUCAAGCGCAAGAGAACAGGACCUUCUACCGGAGCCGGUGGCAGAAUGGAGCAAGGUGCCAUCGCGCCUUCCUUGAUCCGCAAGCACACUGCCGGUCAGUGGGAGGACGUCGAUAUGGAAGACGCUCCCAACCCCGAAGAUGCCAACAGUGACGAUGAGGACCAGCCCGAAGGUGAACUCGCUCAACUACGGAACCGUCGUGAAGUGGGCAAAGAUGAGGGUGCCGAGACUGGCGGUGAACGCAAGAGCUGGUGGAUGACCUUCAAGUACCGACCCAUCUUUGGUGUUGUGCCCAUCAGCACAGCGGACCAGCCUCUCGAGGUUGCCCUUGUGGAGAGACCAACAUGGGAUAUGGAUAUGCCCGACAGCUACUUCAACGUCGAGCAGUGGAGGAAGUAA